GUCUAAGGGAUCUGGUGGGAGGGAGGACCGUCGGUGUGUGGAGUAUUGCUUUGGAAUCCUCGGCUACUCGCCGGGAGGGGAGAAGGAUCGCUGAGGCAUCCAGCGGAAACGAAGACUCCCAGGACCGGGAUCCCAGCGGAUCCCGGGGAAUCUCAGGGCAGAAUCUUCAGGGACAAAGGCCCUGGGAGGCUAGGACCGUGGGAGAACUGGGGCCUUUGCAACCCAGAAUCUCGCGGCAGGUGCCAGGCAGGGCACGAGUGAACCGCUGAUCAAGGCGGCAGCAGCGGGAGUACACCCACCCCGGGCUGCCAGCCGGGGGCGCCCUUCAGCGCACCAAGCUUCCAGUCCGUGGGUUACCGGGAGCCGCGGGAGGACCAUGAAGGGCGGAGGCCCGGGGGAGGGGCUGGCCCUCACUCCCCGCUCCCCUGCUCCCCCCUUGCCCCAGGCCGCAGCCUGGCAUCCCCCAGGGACCCCCCGGAGCCGCCGCUUCCCCCAUGGACUUGCCUGGGGACUCCAGCUCAUCUAGCCGGCCGAGUCUGUGCCGUCAGCCCCUAGCUCGAUCAUUAUGGGAAGCCAGGAGCCCCAAACGGCCGAGGCUGCAGCCCGUGGGGGCCCCUUCGCCCCUGGAAAAGGCCUCUCGGCGGGUCCUGGCCGUGGUGCUGGAAGAUGUCAUGGCUGCCCACAUGGUCCCCCUAAUCCCCCAAGAGGAGACCUCCACUCCACAGCAAUACAGCAAGCUUCAAGAUUCUUUCUGCAGCCAAUCGCAUGCCUCACCACCCCAACAGGUCAAGUGGCCUUCACCCGCCAGGCCUCCCGACCCACUGCAUUUGUGCCGAGAACCCUUGAGUCGUAUCCAUCGGCCCUCUUCCACCCUGAGACGGCGAUCAAGGACAACUCCUGUCCCAGAGGAAAACCCUUCACCAAAGGUGGGCCAGGCCCCCCAACCUACCCUGGUGGUGAUGCUGGAAGAUAUUGCUGGUCCCAGACUCCCAGCUAAGGACUUUGCAGAUGAGAGCCCCACCUUCAUCGUCCCAUCACAAAGAGUUGAACCCAUGGCAAUGGUUCACCAGCUAAUGCCUGCACCUGAGGACCUAGAACCUUCAUUCCAGCCAUCCACCCUUCCUGCAAACCCUCCAGAAAGCCCACCACCAGCCCCAGAUCCUGCUCUGGAGCCCCCCUCGACCCCACCACCGUCCAGUCUUUUACGCCCCCGCCUCAGUCCCUGGGGCUUGGCACCCCUCUUCCGAUCCGUCCGCUCCAAGCUGGAGAGUUUCGCUGACAUCUUCCUCACACCCAACAAGACCCCACGGGCCCCACCCCCAUCACCUCCAAUGAAGCUGGAGUUGAAGAUUGCCAUCUCAGAGGCUGAGCAGUCCCAGGCUGAGGGCACUGCAUCUGUUAGUCCCCGGCCCCCUAUCCGCCAGUGGCGGGCUCAGGACCGUAAUACCCCAGCACCUCUCCCUAAGCUUUCUCUGGGCCGAAGCUACUCCUGCCCUGAUCUGGGGCCCCCUGGCCGAGGUACCUGCACGUGGCCCCCUGUUCCAUCCCAUACAAGCCGGUCCAGGCCCCGACGGCACACUGUGGGUGGUGGGGAGAUGGCCCAAGCCCCACCACCCCCUCGGCCCUGUCUCCGGAAAGAGGUCUUCCCACUUGGAGGAGUGGUGGCCUCCCCUUCUCUCGCCACAUCUUGCUCGUCCACUGCAUCUACUUCCUCCUUCUCCGAACCAGCAGAAUCCAGACUGGGUUCAACCAAGGGGAAGGAGCCAAGAGCCUCAAAGGACCAGGUGCUUUCAGAUCCUGAGACCAAGACCAUGGGAAAGGUUUCUCGAUUCAGAAUACGCAAGACACCAGUCCGUCCUCAACUAAACCUUACACCAAUGGGGCUGCCUAGACCAGUCAGGUUAAACAAGAAGGAGUUCAGCUUGGAAGAAAUUUAUACCAACAAGAAUUAUCAAUCACCCACAACCAGGAGGACCUUUGAGACCAUCUUUGAGGAACCCCGGGAGCGCAACGGGACUCUGAUUUUCACCAGCUCCAGGAAGCUCCGGCGGGCUGUAGAAUUUCGGGACAGCAGUCUUCCCCGGUCCCGGCGGCCAUCCCGUGGGGUCCGGGCAGCAGCUAGCAGAACCCUUACUCCCAAUCUGGUACCCAGCCCAGAUGUGGGACCCCUGCUGCAGCAGCGGCUGAAGGAGCUAGAUGCCUUGUUCCUGGAGGAGGAAGAAAUAGAUGGGGAGCAGCCUCAUCAACCCUAGAAGCUCUGUUUGUCUGUCCAUCCAUCUGGAGGGAGGAGAAACCUCUCUGAGGCAGUUAUAUUUUUUAAUCUAUAUUUCUAGUAAAGUUCAAUAUGUUUCAGA